CUCAACCCAAUGAUGUAUUUUGAAUUUCCACAACCUUGGGCAACUGUCAAGAUCAUCCUUUGGUGCUUGCUAUUGAAAAACACCACACCACUCUAUACUCGUUAAAGGCAACAAUUAACAACCCUAUUACACAAUGAGUAGCAACGACUUGGAGGGAGAUGACAUUUGGGGAGACUCCUCCGGUGGAGCCGAGGAAUCCAAAGAAGAGUCGAAGCAAGCCGAUGCUUCCGAUUCCGCCGCCGCGGCGGCCCAGCCGGAACCGGAUCCGGAAGACGAUGAGACACGAACCAUGAGCAACAGCGAACUGAGACAGCGCAUCCAUUUGCUGGGCAACGACAUCAGAGUUAUGAAGUCGGACGUCCAGCGCAUCACCCACGAGUCCCGGGGGCAACGCGAUCGCAUUCGCGAAAACCAAGAGAAGGUCAAGCUAAACAAGCAGUUGCCGUACCUAGUGGCGAACGUUGUAGAGAUAUUGGAGCCCGAUGCCGAAGACGGUAAGUUCUAUUCGUUUUGUAUUUGCAGUUUUGGAACAGAUGAGUAUCGAGUUUGAUCCUCGUAUGAUGUUUAUUGAGUUCACCGAUGGACAGGAAAUUAGUGCCUCAUGCGUCCUACAUCUAUGAAAUGAUCUUAUCUCACGAAUCCUUACCGCAAUCCUCUGGAAAUGGAUGCAAUCUCCCAAAACCAAAAUAGGUCUCGAAGAGGAAGAGAAAGAAUCCGGCGAUGCUCUCGACGAGGACGCCAACCGCAAAACCCGCAGCGCGGUUGUACGUACUUCCACGCGACAAACAAUCUUCUUGCCAAUCCCUGGUUUGGUAGAUUCUGACGAGUUAAAACCCAGUGACCUGGUUGGAACCAACAAGGACUCUUAUUUGAUCUUGGAAAAGCUUCCGGCGGAAUUUGAUUCGAGAGUGCAAGCCAUGGAAGUCGACGAACGACCCACGGAAGAAUAUUCCGACAUCGGAGGAGCCGACCAACAGAUCCAAGAGCUUAUCGAGGCCGUUGUGUUGCCCAUGACCCACAGGGACAUGUUUCAAACAAUUGGGAUUCGUCCCCCAAAGGGUGUCUUGCUGCACGGUCCACCGGGAACAGGUAAGACGCUUUUGGCACGAGCGUGCGCCAACCAAACCAACGCCAUCUUUUUGAAAUUGGCGGGACCACAACUGGUCCAAAUGUUCAUCGGAGACGGUGCGAAACUUAUUCGGGAUGCUUUUGAACUGGCAAAAGCAAAGAUUGAGAAGGGAGUCAGUGCAGGUGCCAUUCUAUUCAUUGACGAGAUCGAUGCCAUUGGAACGAAGCGAUUCGGUGGCGACCAAUCGGGGGAUCGAGAAGUCCAGCGAACGAUGCUCGAACUUUUGAGUCAGCUCGAUGGAUUUUCUUCGAACGAAAUGAUCAAGGUCAUUGCGGCCACAAAUCGUCCCGACGUCCUCGAUCCUGCUCUGCUGAGAUCGGGACGUCUGGAUCGCAAGAUCGAGCUGCCCCAUCCCAACGAGGAGGCCCGGGCCAGGAUCCUCAAGAUUCAUUCGCGCAAGAUGCAGGUCAACGCGGACGUUGUCUUUGAGGAAAUUGCACGCUCUUGCGAAGAUUUCAACGGGGCACAAAUAAAGGCCGUCUGUGUCGAAGCGGGUAUGCUGGCCCUCCGACGAGAAUCAGUGGAAAUCAUGCACGAGGACUUUGUCGAGGCCACCACGGUCGUUGCGGCAAAAAAGAAGGGAAGCCUGGAUUAUUUUGCAUAGGAAUUGCAUAACAAGAAGAAUAGCAAGGGCGUCGAAAUGGAAGAAUCGCUUUGGUUUCUCGUCCAAUUCGUGAGUCGGAACGAUCCCCAUCCCCAUAUCUAUGAAUGGCACCAACAAAUCAAUAGCAAUACAAGUUAGAUCCUGAA